GGUUCCUCGGUGCAGCCCUCGGGGCGCAGCGCCACUUCCUCUCACGUUUGGAUUCUUGUGGAGUUUGAAGCUGCAGCUGCAGAUCUGAACUGGACCUGGAUACAUCCUCACCUCAGCCUCUCCUCUCCCACAUGCAGCAGGAUCUCGGGGGGUUUUCUUCGCUAACUUCUGCCUGAACCAAGUUUCUUCUCCUCUCUGCUGCAGCAGCCUCUGACUCUGACUCCACCUGGACACGUCUCCAGACUUUGGGCUCAUGCCUCUGCGAUGCUGUGGCUGUGACUCCGAGCAGCAGUGUGUCAGCGGUACAGUCUGGUGAAGCACAAUGAAAGACGACUUUGCUGAUGAAGAGGAGGUGCAGUCCUUUGGCUAUAAGAGGUUUGGAAUUCAGGAGGGGACAGAGUGCACCAAGUGUAAAAAUGACUGGGCUCUGAGGGCGGCCAUUGCACUUCUCUACGUGCUCUGUGGAGUGCUCACCAUCGCUGUGGCGGUCCUCGGAUACAAAGUGGUCCAGAGAAUGGACAAUGUGACCGAGGGCAUGCAGAAUUAUGGAGGCAAGAUCAAUGCUGUGGAGACAGACUUGAAGAAAUUAGAUGAUCAGGCAGGAGAGAAGUCAGUUAAUGCCACAAGUGAAAUCAAGACUUUCAAGUCAGACCUGGAGUUCUUACAGAACAAACUGAAUGACAUUGCGCUCAGGGCAACCAGAAACCGAGACGUCCUGGAUGAGCUCCGGAUCACAGGCGAUGACGUGCAAAACGGCCACGGGUCCCUGCAGAGCUUUCUGGAAGGGAAUGCAGCCUCACUGCGUGGCCUCAACCAGACCCUGAUCUCUUACAGUGGUGUGAUUGACAACCUCCAAACGGACACAGCACGGCUCCAGUCAGAGAUACAGGGCCAGGCUAAAGAGCAGAGCCAGACCCAGGUUACUGUCAGUGCACUAAACAUCACCCAGGCCCAGCAACGCAGUCUGCUCGGCACACUGCAGAAGACGGUGGAAGACGCGGGACAGGCGGUGCAGAAACUGAAGAAUGAUUAUCAGGGUCUGCAUCAGACGUCCAGACAGAACCGGGCUGACACAGAGUGGCUGAAGGAAAAGGUGCAAAAUAUCCAGGUUUUGUCAGCGAACAACUCAGCCCUGGCCCGGUCCAACGAGGAAGCUCUCGAUGACUUGGAUACGCAGCUCAGCACUGUGGCCAGUCAGAUCCAGAACACCUCCGCCCUCACCGAGGGACACGACCAGAAGAUGCGUGAGCUGAUGGACCACCAGAGAGACCACGAUAACAUCACCUCAUCCAAGUUUGAUGAGAUAGAAGUCCGAUUAGACAGACAUGAGAACAACAUGGACCGCGUGACUGGAAACAUGAGCUUUGCCUCACAGGUCCUCGGUGCCAUUAGCGUCGACCUGGCCGGCCUGAGGUCCUGUGCUGAGACAGUGAUUCGCCAUUCAGACCUGUUACUGGCGCUGAAUGGUAGCGUGAUGGAGGCUAAGGCAGAGGGCAAAGAGCUGCACGGCCAGCAGGAUGUGCUGACAGCCAGGCUGGACACAGAGGUCAACAACCUGUUUAUGGUGAUGGAGGAGAUGAAGCUCGUGGACAGCAAGCACUCUCAGCUCAUCACCAACUUCACCAUCCUGCAGGGUCCACCGGGUCCAAGGGGCACCAAGGGAGACAAGGGUCCACAGGGGCCAGUGGGCCAGACAGGACAAAAGGGUGAUAAAGGAGACAAAGGGAUUCUAGGACAGGUGGGACCCAAAGGAGAGAAAGGUGCUGCUGGACCUCCAGGUGCGACAGGUCCUCAGGGUGCAAAUGGUGGUCGGGGUCUUCCGGGGUCCAAAGGAUCGAGAGGGCCUGGAGGUCGCUCUGGAAACCCUGGUGAUAAAGGUGACCCAGGGACUCAAGGGCUUCCUGGUUUGGAUGGAGAGCCAGGGAUGCCAGGAUCACAAGGCCCACAGGGGCCCAGAGGUGUAGUGGGACCGGCAGGAUUGGAUGGGCCUCGUGGGCCUGUGGGAUCUAUUGGCCCUCCCGGCCCUCCAGGGCUACCAGGGUUACCUGCAGCUGCACCUCCUCUAAUAUUAAAGCCAACUCAGCCCACUCGGGUCCCUGGAUCUCCCAAAGCACCUGAACCUCCCAAAGCAUCUGAACCAUCCAAACCAACCGAGGAACCACAAGGGUCUGUGUCCCGGCAGGUCCAGCCCCCAGUGGUCACCACUCCAACGCCUGGUUGUCCACCUGGGUUCAGAAAGUUUGGAGACAGCUGCUAUUACUUCUCCUCUGAGCCCCAGAGACUCAAAUUCGAUGAGGCCAACCACUUUUGCACUAACAUGUCAUCUUAUAUGCUCAUUAUCAAUGACAAUGAAGAGCAGCAAUUUGUGAAAGAUGCAAUAAACGGAAAAGGUUAUUUCUGGCUGGGCCUGACUGACAGAGACGAGGAAAAUAUCUGGCAGUGGGUGGACGGGACCGUACCUGUUUUCAAUAAGUGGAAGCCCGGCCAGCCUGAUAACUGGACCAACGGUCAUAAAGGCGGCGAGGACUGUGCUGGUCUUAUCCGUAAUACAUACUGUAUGCAAAUCAGAUUUUUAGCUGUGUUUAUUACAGCGAUGCCUCUCUUCGCGACCAACCCAUUCGACCAAGAUGUGGAGAAAGCAACCAGUGAGAUGAACACAGCUGAGGACUGGGGCCUCAUUCUGGACAUAUGCGAUAAGAUAGGGCAGUCACGCACUGGACCUAAAGAAUGUCUCCGCUCUAUAAUGAGAAGAGUGAACCACAAGGAUCCUCAUGUUGCCAUGCAGGCGCUGACUCUUCUUGGUGCUUGUGUCUCAAACUGUGGGAAGAUCUUCCACUUGGAGGUGUGCUCCAGAGAGUUUGCCAGUGAAGUCAGUAACGUCUUAAACAAGGGGCACCCCAAAGUGUGUGAGAAGCUUAAAGCCCUCAUGGUGGAGUGGGCGGAGGACUUCCGCAAUGAUCCACAGCUGAGUCUAAUCUCCGCAAUGAUCAAGAAUCUACGUGAGCAGGGUGUUACCUUUCCUGCAGUGGGGUCCCAGGCUGCAGAGCAAGCAAAAGCAAGUCCUGCUUUAGUGGCAAAGGAUCCGUCCACCUCAACAAACAAAAAAGAAGAGGAAGACUUGGCCAAAGCUAUUGAGCUGUCGCUGAAGGAGCAACGUCCGCAGACAUCCUUGUCGGGCCUUUACCCGAGCACCUCCAGCCUGCUCUCCUCGCACAAGUCAGACGGCAGGAAAGUCCGUGCCAUCUAUGACUUUGAGGCUGCUGAGGACAACGAGCUCACCUUCAAGUCUGGAGAAAUCAUCACUAUCCUGGACGACAGUGACCCCAACUGGUGGAAAGGGGAAACGUAUCAGGGAGUGGGGCUGUUCCCCUCUAACUUUGUCACUGCUGACCUCACUGCGGAGCCUGAGAUGAUGAAGACGGAGAAGAAGACAGUACAGUUCAGUGAGGACAUCCAGGUGGAGACUAUAGAGCCCGAACAAGAGCCUGCAUACAUAGACGAGGACAAAAUGGACCAGCUACUGCAGAUGAUCCAGAGUGCAGAUCCCACAGACAACCAGUCAGACAGCGCCGAGUUAUUACAGCUUGAAGGUGCCUGCAAUCAAAUGGGACCUCUCAUUGACCAGAAGUUGGAGGAUAUAGACAGGAAGCACUCAGAGCUGUCAGACCUGAAUGUUAAGGUGAUGGAAUCUCUGUCGUUGUAUGCCAAGUUGAUGAAUGAGGAUCCCGUUUACGCCAUGUAUGCCAAGCUGCAGAGCCAACAGUACUACAUGCAGCAGCCCGCCAAUGUAGCACAACAGGUGUACCCUGGUCAGCCUGCAUCAGGUUCAUAUGCCAUGAGCGGUACUGCCGUGCAGGGUUACAGUGUUCCCAUGGAGCAGCUUCCUCCUGGAAGCUCCAUACCUGGACAGCCAGCUCCCAGUGAUGUUCAUAUGUACAUGGGCCAGCCGCCAGUCUACUCUGCUGCUCCAGGCAGCAUGGCCCCAGCAGACAUUCACUACCACAACCCAGCUGCCGGCCAUGGUCCCCCUCCCGGCACGGCUCCCACGGGCAUGACGCAGACGCAAAACUACAGCCACCACUCCGGCCCAAGCAUAGCACCUUCCACAGACGCUGCACAGGCCCCCUACUUAGAGAAAGCCUUGCUAUAGGGCCCCCUUUGAUCACUGUUAUCCUUACACGUACAUGCACCAGGCCUGAUCAAAUAGUGGUCUGAGAUUAUUUCUUUUAUUAUAUUUUAUGAUUUGUUUUUAUCGUGAAACACCAGAAGGAUGGAAAAAACAAAUAAGAGUAAGUUAACCUUGACAUUUGCCAUUCUCUGUGUUAUUUUAUCUGGCAGAUGUACAGUCCGCUUUGAUUUGAAGAAUUCGCCCCAAGUCACACUUGGUCUGAAAAUGGACACUCGCUCUUCUCCUUCGUGUCUUCACCUGAUUUAUAUGAGCAUGGAGGAGACACGCAGGAGCCUUCAGUUGCACUUAUUUCAUUUCUGGAUUUCACUCAAACCUCUUGUUCUCGAAUCUAGAUCUAAUAGCAAAAUAUGCAUUGUCCAUUUUAACGGACAAGACCUGGCAUUAACCAUUUCCUUGUAGUGACAGGCCUAUUGAAAAUUGUUAUUGGUCCGUAUUUUUUCAUAAUUUCUUUGGAAGUUUCCUGGUAGAGAACCACUUAACUGUGUCCUAAUUAAUCUUUGCUAGUUCAGUUGAAUCUAUUGUCAGUUAUUGAUCAAUUCCAGUGGAAAAUAAAACAGUUUAUUCCUCAAACCGUCCACAGGUUUUUGGAUUGUAUAGACUAGCCCUCACAUUAUUGCAUAUUCAGCUAGUCUACUGUGUGAUUACAAAUAUUUGGGUCACACUAGCAAUUAAUUUGAAUAAUUUAACAAGUGAACCAGUUUCUAUAGUGUUUUAUCUUUGAUACCAAAUUCCAGAAAACUUUCUAGGAAAUUAUUAAGAAAUUCCAGACCUGUUGAAUGAAGCCUAACCAAAAUGUUUUGCGAUAACAAGUGUAACUGUAACUACAAUCUAACAAUCCAUAUGCAAGUACCAAUAUAAAAGAAUGCACACAGGCAUUCUUUCAUGCACACUGGACCUGCACAACCCGAUACACACACUACAGGAAGGUGUACAGCAGUUACACACACACACACACACACACACAGCGAUACACUUACAGCACUUGGCUCACACAUCAUCAGUCGUACUUGAUGAUUUACCGUCACACGCCACAGCCUUCUCACCGACUUAAAUCAACUGUGGUGCUGAUCACAUCACUAAAAAAGGGGAGUUGACUUCCAUUAACUUGCUUUUUAUUUAAAUAUCAGAAAAGUGACGUUUGGCAAUGCUAAAAAAAAAACGUCAGGCUACUACAUUCUGUAUAUGUUGUCAAUUUUAGAAGUACUGAAAACUGAAGCCACUUUGUUUUUUGGAGGGGAAAAGAAAUGAGAGGAAUUCAAGCAUGCACAUGACUCUUGUAAAUACUGUACUGAACCAGUAGUGAAGCCACAUGAUGACCUCAUGGGUGGGAUGUCUGUUAACACAGCUCUGGGCGGGUUUAAAGGGAAACUCUGCAGUCGUAUGUCACAGAUGAAUGAAAAGGUGUGGAAAACAGUACCCACAUGCUAAAAAAUUCAAGAUCAUUUUCUUGUUUUCUUUCAGUGACUCCUCACUUUAUUCUGCAGAGUUUUUCUUUAUUUCUAAAACAAGCAGUCCUGCAUCCUUGUUGCUGGAUGUUGGAGUCACUGCGUCUCCGUUCAGGAGCUGUACUAACAGACUCGUACCACAGACUUGGCUACUGGGGGAACUCUCUGAACCUCUCCAGUGUAUUUGAAGCAUCUCUUUAGUCAGUGUUGAAAAAUGAAUACUAUGGAGUUUUUCUUUUCUUUUUUGUAGUGCAUUUUAAGUAUGUUUUGAUUAUUGUUAAGCUAUUUUAAAUGGAGAACCAGUACAGGAUGUAUGUAUUCAGAGAAAGGUGGAGUAAGUGAUAUUCUGCCGAACUUAGUUGUAUAUUUAAAUGGCUCACACGAGAACAUGGACACUUCUCUCUGUGUUUGAUACAUGCUUGUCGUACUGUAGGGUCGAAUGGUAAUGUGAAAACUGAUCAAAACACUCCCCUCCACAUCCAUCUCAGACCUGUCAUAUCUUAGAACUGUCUCACACUAAAACACACCCUAUCUGAAGCUCAACAGAAGCUAGAGGAGAGCGCAAACCUCCGCCAAGGCCCAACUGUCCCUGUAAAUUCAAUCAAGCUGCACCGACACACAUCGAUAUCACUUCCUUUUUUUUCCUAAAGAUCCAUGCAUUGAUUUAACUUAUGUCAAAGAAAAGACAAAUCUUGCAAUGGACCCUUGUUCAGAUCCUUGUCAAAACCAAUUGGCAGGUACAAGAAUAUAACUUCCUUGGGGGAGGUGACAAGGUUUAAGAUCCUGGACAAGUAUGUUCAAGAUUUGUAAAGCUCUCUUAACCAAAAUCUCCAUAAGCUAUUGGUGACAGUGCCACUCUGAGGGAAGAAUCAAAAGUACAAAGUCUCCUUCUCAUACAUUUUAUAUAAACGGCUCAUUUAUGUGGAUUUUAAGUGUCAAAAGUCAUUGGAAAAGAGUUGAUUUUUACAAAAAAACGAGUGGAACGCAAAAGGCUGAUGAGACUGGGAAAUUAUUUAUGUUGUAUAAUAUCGAAUGAUGCUAAAUGAAGCAGCUUUUAAUCUGUUUAACCAGAUGUCCCAUUUGCCAGAUGAAGUCAUGUGUUGAGCCGACUCUUGAGAUCCUAUGUUUCAAAUGUGCUGCUUCUCGUCAUCCCUGUGCUGCCUUAAGAAUCUAAAACAAACCCCGCAGCUCGAAUGCUUUGUACCUGGAACUUUGCAAACAAGAGGCCAUUUUAUUCUGCAGACCUUGUUUUUUUUUUUGUUUUUUUUUUGCAUUAACUUAUUUGAUUCAAAGAUAAAGAAUCCCCUUUCUGUGCUGCCUUCAAUGCUCGAGUGAACUAGUGUUAAAUCUGUUGGAUCUAAGAGUUCGACAAUAUCGAAGUAGCUGCUGUUCUGGGACCACGGUAGCAGGAGCCAGUUCGUCCUCACACAUCUGCCCAAUGUAACAUGUUGCACCGCAGGGUCUGCCCCAGAUUAAUGUACAGGAUUGAAAUGCUGCCUGUUUUUAAGUUUGAAACCGACAUUAUUGUAAAGGUUCUGUCUAAACUUGUAUCCUGCUGUUUGUAUGUAUUCUUUUAACCAUACUUAUUAAAUUGGUAUUCACAAUAAAACCAGGCCAAAUGUACAGGAAA